GACGAGGCGGGGCGACGGGCGGGAGCUCCUCCUCUCUGUGGAGAAGAGCUGUCUUGGCCGAGGUAGCGGCGCAGGCUGAGGCGAAGCCGGAGUCGGGGUAGCGUCCCAGGUGGAGGAGGAGGGCGCCUGGAGCAGGCCGAGGCUUGAGGAGCUGCUGCUGCUGCUGCUGCUGGAAGACCUUCCCUCAGCCAUGGGGAACACUGUGGCUCGAGAGGAUUUCGAAUGGGUUUACACGGACCAGCCGCAUGCCGACCGGCGCAAGGAGAUCUUAAGCAGACAUCCAGAGAUAAAAACCUUGAUGAAACCAGAUUACAAUGUGAUCUGGUUAGUUUUACUGAUGGUGUUUGCACAGCUGGUUGCUAUGUAUCUAGUUAAAGAUUUGGACUGGAAGUGGGUUAUGUUUUGGUCUUAUGUGUUUGGAAGUUGUCUUGACCAUUCCAUGACUCUGGCUAUUCAUGAGAUUGCGCACAACAGUGCAUUUGGCAAUUGUAAAGCUUCAUGGAAUCGAUGGUUUGGAAUAUUUGCCAAUCUCCCACUUGGCCUCCCAUACUCAGUAUCCUUCAAGAGAUACCACAUGGACCAUCAUCGUUAUCUUGGUGGUGAUGGAAUUGAUGUAGACAUUCCUACCAACUUUGAAGGAUGGUUUUUCUGCACCCGUUUUCGAAAGUUAAUUUGGAUUAUUCUUCAGCCUUUGUUUUAUGCCAUUCGACCUCUCUGUAUUAAUCCAAAACCAAUCUCUCGACUUGAAAUCAUCAAUUUGUCAAUUCAGCUUCUCUUUGAUGUUAUGGUAUACUACUUCCUGGGAGUAAAGUCUCUUUUGUAUUUGAUAGCAGGAGCAAUACUUGGAUUGGGCCUGCAUCCUAUUUCAGGACAUUUCAUAGCUGAACAUUAUAUGUUUUUGAAAGGGCAUGAAACAUAUUCCUACUAUGGACCACUUAAUAAGCUUACAUUCAAUGUUGGCUAUCACAACGAACACCAUGACUUCCCUAAUGUUCCUGGAACAAGUCUUCCAUUGCUGAAGAAAAUGGCCCCUGAAUACUAUGACCAUCUUCCACAGUAUAACUCCUGGAUAAAAGUGCUUUAUGACUUUGUGAUGGAUGACACUAUCAGCCCCUACUCACGCAUGAAAAGGCACCUAAAAGGAGAAGUGAAACUGGAUUAACUAUACACCAAAAAUGUUAUCUCUGCAUACACAAGGGACAUGUUUUCAGAAUAGCUUGCAUAAAGCUUGAUAAAUGUGUAUUAUUUGUUAUCUUGACCUACGUUGGAAUAGGAGUGUAUUGGUACAUUUUAUAACAAGAUCUGAGGAAUUAAAAUAUUGCCAGAACUAGAACUAUUUUUUUCAUAUAAUACAUAAAUGUUCUGUGCAUAAUGCUAGUAUUAAUGUUACAUAAUGUGUUCAGUAGCUGUUGACUCAAACAUUGGUUCUUUAAACCUUUAGAUACAUGAGAAGUACAUUGAUUGUGUCUAUUUUUGCCGCUUACAAUGGUCAUUAUACUGACUCUCCAGUGUUCUGCAAAGAUUUCUAAAUUGACUCCAUGUUAUGGUUUUAAUGAACUGUACUGGAACAAAAUUCCUGGCUGCAGUUCCUUUAAAACAGAGGUAUGUUUUCAGAAAGUAAAUUCAUUGAGUCACUUGGACUACUCUAAUUGGGAGUAGUAAUGGGAUAAUUACCAUGGGCAUCUAUAGGAAGAGGCACCUUUUUGUGGAAACAGUUUUGCCUUCCCUCAUUUCUGGGUUAAUGCAUAAAGCCGUAUGAUAAUUGUCAAACUGAUGCUUAAUUUGAGGCAGGCUGGAUGACCUGAGAAUUAGAAAUGAAAAAUAGGAGCACAGCUGAGAUGUUGUAGCAAAACUCUUAGGCACUUGAAUAAAAGGCUUUUUUUAAAAAAAAUUGAGUUGAUGAAAAUAUGUGGGAUAUUCUUGAAAGGAUGGUUGAAACACGGGAGUGGACUUCUGGAACUAACUCUUUACAACAUUACUUAUUUGUGUAAUGCUUUUUAAAGCUGGUUUUGAAUGACUAAUAAUGCACACUGUCUGUUUCUCUGCAUGUGGGAAGAGAGUGGCCUCAAAUAUUUCCACUUAAAACCUUACAAUUACAUAUGGUCUUGAAAUGGGGAAAGUAUUUAAAUAGGAGCUAGAUAAGCAAGCUGUGCUGCCUAAAGUUAAAUAUUUAACAUAAUCUUAUCAGACUUUUUGCCCUACAUUUUAGGCUGCAGUUCAAAAAACCUUCUCACCUCUAACAGCUGGCUGUCAUUGACAGCCAUAAUUUGCUUAUGUGUUCCUAUACCAUCUUUGAAACAGGGUAAUGUUAAGUUGUUGCAAGCCGUUUGUGAGCCUAGCCCAUAAUUUAUAUCUAUGUGCCAGGUUGACAAGUGUAUUAAUUCAAAACAAGGCUAUUUAAAUUGCCAAGAAAAGUCAGUUUAAAUUAAAUUAGAAUGCAUUUAUUUAACUAAAAUCACAAUGUACAUGUUUUCUAAUGCCCAUAAAAAAGUUGAUCUAAACUACCAUAGUCCUGUAUCUUCAGAAAUAGAAUACUGAGUGAACUAAUUGAAGAGGUAGGAGAAAAACGUGACCUAAAUGGAACACUGGUUGGCACCUGUGGUGACAAAUUGGCAUUGGCUACCCUUUUGUGUCAAGGCAGAAUAUAAACAUGUUGAAAUAUAAGCACAGUAUGGUAAGAUGUUUACAAUCCAUUCUCCCUCUCCCUUCCUUCCACAUUACCUUUAUUAAAACAGGUUUUAAGAAAAAGACAAAAAUUGUGUGCCAUCUGUCAGUACCACUCUCAGCAUGGCUGGGGAGUUCUUAUUUACAGUCCUUUCUUUACAGUUCUGGUUAGGUCAGAUUUCUUACUGAAGAACAUUGUUUCAUGUAGUUCAAACAUUGUAUUUAAGUUAUUUAGUUUUAAAAAGAUUUAUAAGUGAAAUACUGCUUUUUUUCACCCAUGUGGUUCAUGUUCUUAGCUGGCAAAGAACAUGUUUCAGUUAAUUGCGCUAUCGCCAUCACUAUGUUAAGAUAUUGCCUAGUGAUUUCAUUGGCUCAGCUGCUUUGAGUAGAUGCCUGUUUUAAAAACAACCAUUCCUUUCUUUUCUCUCUCUCUUUUCGGCCUCUUACGUUGCUCCUGUGUAAAAGCACAUACAUCUCUGGGUGUUCUGCUCAUCUGUUUACAGCCUGAAGAUGGCUUUGGUGUUGUACACAUUCUUCAACUAGUUUAAAUUUAGGCCAAUAAAGUUUGUCUGCUUGCA